AUGUCGCCGCUGUUCUUUCCGCACGCCGCGCUCGGCGUGGCGCUGGUGAACGUGCUCGCCAUGGCGGGCUAUCUCGGCACGGCGACAGGCAUCGUAAUCGCCCACGUCGUCUGCACGCUUCCCUUCGCGUGGCGGCCGAUCGUCGUGGCCCUGCAGCGGAUCGACGGCGAGAUCGUCGAGGCCGCGUCGCUGCUGGGCGCCGACGAACGGCGCAUCGCGCUGGGCAUCGCGCUGCCGCUGGCGCGCUCCGGCCUCGUCACCGCGCUGCUCUUCUCCUUCAUCAUCUCGUUCGACGAGGUGACGGUGACGAUGUUCCUCACAGGCCCGCAGGUCACGACCCUGCCGGUCCAGAUCUAUGCCUUCAUCCAGGAGAACGCCUCACCGGUGCUGGCGGCGAUCUCGACCGCGACCGUCGUCGGUCACCCUGAUGGUGGUGAUGCUGCUGGAGCGGCUGAUCGGCCUCGAAUUCUUCGUGGCCCAUGA